ACGGUCCUCUCUUCUUCCCUGAGAAGAACCCAUCCCCAAUUCCCCACCUCUCUCUCCACCGCGCAGCGCCCACCGUCUCUGCUCUUCUCUGCGGCGGAGACCGGCGAACCCCGAUGGACCGCGACGCGCAGCACGUGUGGCUGCGCAGCCGCCAGGUCGACGCGUACCUCCACGCCACCCCCGACGGGACGGGGGUCUGCCUCCGGCGGACCCGGGAGUCCAUGAACGCCGCGUGGGUCUUGCACGGGAUCCCCGGAGAGCCCGUGCACGUGCUCCUGCAGAGCGCCGCCUACGGCCGCUACCUCGCCGGCACCGACUGGGCGGCGCCGUGGUGCCAGGGCGGCUUCCGCACCGUGCUGACCAAGUACUACGACCGCGCCGCCCAGCUCCACAACAUCCUGCGGGAGUGCGUCUUGCGUGGGGGUUACCUCCAGCUCCGCAACGUCGGCGGCACGCGCUGCCUCAGCGCCAACGGGAGAUACUUCCGCUUCAACGCCGGCGGCACGCGGUACCUCCCCUGGAACACCGGCGUCACAGUCCAAGACCGCGGCACGACGAUGCACUGGGACUGGGACGUGGAGGCCAUCCCGCUCACUCCGCACUUUCCUGGCAUUCCAGAUCCGAUCAAUGAACCCGUCCCCGGAAACCUCGCCAUCAUGUUCGGGCGCCAGCGGCCGCGGCCGCGGCGGCGGCUGAUCCAGUUCGUGCAGGCAGCCGACGACGGGAGCCACAACCAACAGGUGAACGACUGGACCAUGUUCCAGUUCACCGGGAACUCCAUCUUCCGCCUGAGGAACGAGGUAGCCGACAUUCUGCACACCAACGACACCCACAUCAUCAUGUUUGUCCGAGCGGGCCGCCAUGGACGGCUCACGCCGAUGCUCGUCGACCUGCCUCGCGAUGGCGACGGCGACACUGUCGAGAUAGUCGUCUUCACCUUCGGGACGCCAGGCGCAGCUGCGCUUCGCUACCCAGAUAUCAACCCGCAGUAGAUGAGAUCAGAGCAGGACUCCUGACAGCCGCUCAUAGUCCACCUCUUCAGAAGUAUCGCCACCUCGAACACGACAACAUGAGAAUCCAGAACUUUGGCGUAGAGAUAUAGGUUCAGAAAAACUCAGCAGACCUUGUGUUUUUGCUAGCUAAACUUGAUCUUGUUCUCCUGACAGGAGGAACCUGUUUGUUUCGCCUCGCGGUUCUAAAAUUCAGAACUGUUGAAAGCAUUAACUGGAAUGGCUGAAAAAAUAUGUUGUGA